GAGAAAUCGUUUGCCAAAUUUUACAAGCGGCGAUGAGUCCCUUCUUAUCACAUUGGUCGAGCGGUACGCCAAUAAAAUAGAAAAUAAAAGAAGCGACGCAGUUUCGUGGGAAGAGAAGCGAAAAGCGUGGGAAGAAAUUGACCUUAAGUUUGAGUCCCAAACUGGUAUCAGGCGCGGUCCUAAAAAUUUGCGGGAGAAGUACGAAAAUAUGAAGAAGAGAUCCAGGAAGAAUUUAGCCGAUGAAAAGAGGGAGCUAUAUAAGAUUGGUGGGGGCCAGUUUCAACACCGACCGGACAAAAAUACGGGCAGGCUAGCUACGCUCAUGGGCCAAUCUGCAACCGGCUUGGAAAAUUACGUAGACAGCGAUGCAAUAGUCACUUAUGAACAAGAGCCUGAGUACUUGGACGAAUCUAUGCAGAGCUGUACCGUAGAACAUCUGGACGCGGCAUCAGAAGCUAAGGAACACGAUGCCAGAGCAGAUUGGAGUUCAUGGAACCCAACUCUGCUACGUUCAAAACCCAACGAAAAACUAGCGACAAAGCGCGAAAAGAAAAAAGAAACUUCUGAUGCACACCAAAUCUUCUGGAUGGAAGAAAAUCAAAGAGCUGCUGAGCGACAUACAUGGGCCAAAAAGAAGAAUGAACUUGAAUUAAAGGAAGCAGAGAUGAAACUGGAAAUUCUAAGAUUAGAUGUACAACUAAAGACAAAUAAAAUAAAAAAUAAAAUAAAAUAAAAAUA